CUCUCCCCCGCUCUCCCACCUCCCAAGUUCCAACACUAGCACAGAAGGAACGAAGGAAGGAAGCGCGGGCGGCGAAGCCUUAAAGAACGGUGAGGAAUCGGUUUCUGACCGGAUGGCGCAGCUGAGCCGGGUGUGUGCGGCGGCCAUCGUGACCGCGGUGCGGGCGCAGCGGGAGAGGGCGCCCGCCGCGGGGGCGCGGGACCGGUUGGCGGGGCUCGCCCCGCAGGCCGCCGCGCUGGCCGCCGCGCGGGCGGCCGCCGACGACGGCCGGAGGCAGGCCGGCGCCGACGAGUCGCUCCGCAAGGCCAUGUACCUCAGCUGCUGGGGCCCGAGCUAGGCGUGUGUCGAUGCGAGUGACGACGCCGCCGCCGCCCGGUCGCGCGGGCGGGCCGGUUGGACGGGCUGUGAUGGGCCUUGCGUCCCGUUUGGGAUGUUGACGGGCCUCGGGCUGGCUGGGCCUCGGGCCUGGGCUGGGCUACCAGGCUACCACCGAGACGCGAUCUAGAUCUGUACGGUGACACCGGGACGGGCCGCUGAUACGUGGGUUAACUUUAAGUGAGUUUUGUGUGUUAACAAGAAAUUACCCCGUGUACAGUUACUUAGAGGAAUUGCUUCCACCGAGAAGUGGGGUUCGGUGGUUGGGAUUAACAUCUGGAAAUUUGCGGGAUUUUGAAGCUGGUGGCUGUUGUAAUUUAUACAUAGGGCUAUGAUGCUUCCUGUAGAUAUUUCAUGGAACUGAUUGAAAACGGGAGAAAUCUAAAUCAUUCCAUCA